GUAAAAUGUACGUUCCUUUCUUAUGUUGGUUUCAGGUAUAUGAAAAAGUUGCCUAUCUGUUAACAGAUUUAGAACAUCCCAGAACAGACUCAGAGUGGGAAAACAGCUUUGCUUUGAAAAUGUUUCUUUUCCAGUUUGUCAAUUUAAACAGUUCUAUUUUCUACAUUGCAUUUUUUCUUGGAAGAUUUGCUGGCCGUCCUGGAAUGUACAACAAACUUUUCAACAAAUGGAGAUUGGAAGAGUGUCAUCCAAGUGGCUGUUUAAUAGACCUGUGUCUGCAAAUGGGUGUAAUCAUGGUUUUAAAACAAAUGUGGAACAAUUUCAUGGAACUUGGUUAUCCGUUACUCCAGAACUGGUGGUCACGACGCAAGAUCAAGAAAGGAGGACAAUUAUUAGAGCAUAAAAUGUCUCUAUCUCAGUGGGAAAAGGAUUGGAAUCUCCAGCCCAUGAAUCUCCAUGGUCUGAUGGAUGAAUACUUGGAAAUGGUUCUGCAGUUUGGCUUUACUACGAUCUUUGUUGCUGCUUUUCCACUAGCACCUUUGUUGGCUUUGCUUAAUAAUAUUAUAGAAAUCAGGCUUGACGCAUAUAAAUUUGUCACACAGUGGAGGAGGCCGAUGCCUGCAAGAGCAACGGACAUUGGUAUCUGGUAUGGUAUCCUCGAGGGAAUAGGAGUCCUAGCUGUAAUCACCAAUGCUUUUGUUAUUGCUAUUACUUCAGACUAUAUCCCACGUUUUGUUUAUGCGUACAAGUAUGGCCCUUGUGUCAACGAAGGAUACAGACAGGAAAAAUGUUUGAAGGGAUACGUUAACAGUAGCUUAUCAAUAUUUGAUCUGAGUGAACUCGGCAAGGGAUAUUCAGGAUACUGCAGGUACAGAGAUUAUAGAGCACCUCCAUGGAGUUCAACUCCAUAUGAAUUCACCUUGCAGUUCUGGCAUGUUCUAGCAGCUCGACUGGCUUUCAUUAUAGUAUUUGAGCAUCUAGUUUUUGGAAUAAAAUCUUUCAUUGCCUACCUGAUUCCAGAUAUGCCCAAAGAUUUGUGUGACAGAAUGAGAAGGGAGAAAUACUUAGUUCAGGAAAUGAUGUAUGAGGCUGAGCUAGAGCAUUUGCAGAGAGAACGAAAAAAGAAUGGUAGACACUAUCACCAUGAAUGGCCUUAGCUGAUGAAAGAAAGAAAGAAAGAAAGA